UUAGCAUAUUCCGGUUGAAAGCGGAAGCAGCCUCACGGUGUUUCUCCUGAACAGUGGAGGGAGGAGAGUUACCGAGGAAUAAGUGUUGGGAUUGGGAGUCAGGUCGCCAACAUGUCUCGGGGCUCCAUUGAAAUCCCUCUUCGGGAUACUGACGAGGUCAUUGAGCUUGACUUCGAUCAGUUACCCGAAGGAGAUGAAGUUAUCAGUAUCCUCAAGCAGGAACACACCCAGCUGCACAUCUGGAUUGCUCUGGCACUGGAAUAUUACAAACAAGGCAAGACGGAGGACUUUGUCAAAUUGCUCGAAGCAGCCAGAAUAGAUGGAAACUUGGACUAUAGAGACCAUGAGAAAGAUCAGAUGACGUGUCUGGAUACCCUGGCAGCUUACUAUGUACAGCAGGCCAGGAAAGAGAAGAAUAAAGAUGCCAAGAAAGAGCUCAUUACCCAGGCCACCUUGCUGUACACAAUGGCAGACAAAAUUAUCAUGUAUGACCAGAACCACUUGUUGGGGCGAGCCUGUUUCUGUCUGCUGGAAGGAGAUAAAAUGGACCAGGCAGAUGCCCAGUUUCAUUUCGUUCUUAACCAGUCAACAAAUAACAUCCCAGCCCUUCUAGGUAAGGCAUGCAUCUCUUUCAACAAGAAAGACUACAGAGGUGCAUUGGCAUACUAUAAGAAGGCACUACGUACCAAUCCUGGUUGCCCAGCUGAGGUGCGGUUAGGUAUGGCCCACUGCUUCGUGAAGCUCAGCAAACUGGAGAAAGCUCGUCUGGCAUUCGGCAGAGCUCUGGAGCUCAAUUCAAAGUGUGUGGGUGCUUUAGUUGGAUUAGCUGUUCUGGAACUAAACAGCAAAGAAGCAGAUUCUAUUAAAAAUGGUGUCCAGCUUCUCUCAAGAGCCUACACCAUUGACCCCAGUAAUCCCAUGGUUUUGAAUCAUUUGGCUAAUCAUUUCUUCUUUAAAAAGGAUUACAGUAAAGUGCAGCAUUUGGCUCUUCAUGCGUUUCAUAACACAGAGGUGGAAGCUAUGCAGGCAGAGAGUUGCUACCAGCUUGCAAGAUCUUUCCACGUGCAGGAGGACUAUGAUCAGGCUUUUCAGUAUUAUUACCAGGCAACUCAGUUUGCCUCCUCCACAUUUGUGCUGCCCUUCUUUGGCCUGGGACAGAUGUACGUGUAUAGACGGGACAAAGAGAAUGCAGCGCAGUGCUUUGAAAAGGUUUUGAAAGCUUAUCCCAAUAACUACGAGACCAUGAAGAUUCUUGGGUCCCUGUAUGCUGCCUCUGAGGACCAGGAAAAGAGAGAUAUUGCAAAGGGCCAUCUGAAGAAAGUAUCUGAGCAGUACCCGGAUGAUGUGGAGGCUUGGAUUGAGCUGGCACAAAUCCUUGAGCAGACGGAUAUUCAGGGUGCCCUCUCUGCCUAUGGAACAGCCACCCGGAUCCUGCAGGAGAAGGUGCAGGCAGACGUACCUCCUGAGAUCCUGAACAAUCUGGGGGCUCUGCACUUCAGACUUGGAAACUUGGGGGAAGCAAAGAAAUACUUUUUGGCUUCUCUGGAACGUGCCAAAGCAGAAGGAGAGCAUGAUGAGCAUUACUACAAUGCAAUCUCUGUGACCACUUCCUAUAAUCUGGCCAGACUUUAUGAGGCCAUGAAUGAAUUCCAUGAAUCAGAAAAACUUUACAAGAAUGUCUUAAGGGAGCAUCCUAAUUAUGUGGAUUGCUAUUUACGGCUGGGGGCGAUGGCCAGAGACAAGGGGAACUUUUAUGAAGCGUCCGACUGGUUCAAAGAGGCUCUACAGAUUAACCAGGACCAUCCAGAUGCUUGGUCUCUAAUAGGAAAUCUUCAUUUGGCCAAACAAGAAUGGGGUCCGGGCCAGAAGAAGUUUGAGAGGAUCCUUAAACAACCUUCCACUCAGAAUGACACAUACUCCAUGUUGGCUCUGGGCAAUGUAUGGCUUCAGACCCUCCACCAGCCAACCAGAGACAGGGAAAAGGAAAAGCGACAUCAGGAUCGUGCUUUGGCCAUCUAUAAACAAGUGCUGCGAAAUGACUCCAAGAACUUGUAUGCUGCUAAUGGCAUAGGUGCUGUCCUUGCACAUAAGGGAUAUUAUCGUGAGGCCCGGGAUGUUUUUGCCCAGGUUAGGGAAGCUACAGCAGAGAUCAGCGAUGUCUGGUUGAACCUGGCACACAUCUAUGUGGAGCAGAAACAGUACAUCAGUGCAGUACAGAUGUAUGAAAACUGCCUGAAAAAGUUCUACAAACAUCAGAACACGGAGGUGUUGCUUUACUUGUCUCGGGCCUUAUUCAAAUGUGGCAAACUACAGGAGUGCAAGCAUACCCUGCUCAAGGCGCGGCAUGUUGCCCCUAAUGACACUGUGCUGAUGUUUAACGUGGCUUUAGUACUGCAGAGACUGGCUACGCUAGUGCUGAAAGAUGAGAAGAGUAACCUAAAGGCUGUACUCUGUGCUGUCAAAGAGCUUGAACUAGCCCACAGGUAUUUUAGUUACCUCAGCAAAGCUGGAGACAAGAUGAGAUUUGACUUGGUGCUUGCUUCAACUGAAGCCAGGCAGUGUUCGGAUUUGCUCAGCCAGGCGCAGUACCAUGUGGCUCGUGCCCGCAAGCAGGAUGAAGAGGAGAAGGAGCUUCGGUCUAAACAAGAACAGGAAAGGGAGGUUCUCCGGGCACAACAAUUCAAACAGAUGGAAGAUAAGCGUAAUAAGGAGGUUGAAGAGCAGAAGAAGUUGCUGGAGCAGAGAGCACAGUACGUGGAGAAGACCAGGAACCUCCUGUCGUUUGCAAACGGAGGCAAGGAAAUCAAAGAGAAGAAGAGAGGAGGUGGAGGCGGCAGGCGUUCCAAGAAAGCGUCUGAAUUUGACGAGUUUGUUAAUGAUGACUCUGAUGAGGAUUUGCCUUCAAAGAAGAAAAAGAGGAGGAAGGGAGGCAGUGGAAGUGAUCAAGAGGAGGCUGAUGAUGGAGAGAAGAAACCAAGGAAGAGGAGAAGACCACAAAAGGAUGAGGAUGGAAGUGAUGAUGAGGAAGGUUCCUCAAGACCUAAGAAACAACGCAAGCCUAGAGAACGCAAGAGAAUUGAGAAGCCUGAUCGUAUGCCGCCUUCAUUGAAAGGGAAGAUCAAGUCGAAGGCAAUAAUUUCCUCUUCAGAGUCUUCAGAUGAGGAUGGACUUAAAAUUGCUGAGGACCGAAAUCCAAGAGACAGUGGAUCUGAGGAUGACGAUGACAAUGAACAAUCGCACAGGAAGCGCAUCGUGUCGGAGAGCGAGUCUGAUGAAGAGAGGAAGAAGUCUGGCAGUGAGGCAGCAGGAAGCCCUCAAAGGUCUGGUAGCCAGAGAUCCGAUGACGAUUCUGGCAGCGAUCAGCCGGUUAGGAAGAGGAAACAGCAGUCAGAAUCGGACCAGUCCGAUAACGAUUCUGUUCGAUCCAAAAAAAGCUGCUCCGGGGGUUCAGAUGAUGAGUCCCGCCCAGCUUCUCCUGCUGCAGAUUCAGACAGGGUCUCUGAUAAUGAAGGCUCAGCAAGGGCAUCCGGAAACGAAUCCGAGCCAGAGAGGUCCAAUAACGAGGCUUCAGAUCACGGCUCUGAUGACAGUGACUAAAAAUGUGAAGAUGCAAAAUGUUGUACUUUUUGCAAACUAAGCUGAGAUAUGGAGUUUCCUGAUUUGGUUUAUGGAUAAUCUUAAACAUAGCUGAAAAGGACAUUUCAUGUAUUUUCUUUUACUAAAGAUGUGCAGCAGCAACACACAAUUCUGGAUUGGGGGGUGGGGGGUUAUGGCAAUUCUUUUUAGUUACAUGUUUUAGAAUCCUAUGAUGCUGUAACAAGUUUUUUUGGGGGGGUGUUUUCAUAUUCUGCAUAAAGGUAAAAUAGAAGAAGCAAUAUUUUGUAAGAAUAUUUAACAUCAGGCUUUUUUUUUUAAAAUAAAAUGUCAUUACAGUUUUAGGAUUAUCAGAAUAGUUACAAGAAGCCUCAACUGUAAAGCCCGUAAUCUGUGCUGCAUAUUCAGAAGUAAAAAUCUGUAGAUAAUAAAAUGUCAUCAUAAAUUAACAUAUUGGUGUUUAUGGGUUUUAUAAUGCCUGUGAGUAGCAGUGCUGAAUUUCUCUAACAACAGCCAUCUCAUGAAUCAUUCAUUUAAACAGAAGUAACAUUUAAUAAAUCAUGUAACU